AUGCAGUUUAAUGGACAAAAUAAUAUGGGAUGGGGGACGGCUCCUCAGCAGGAAACAAAGCCUCCCUUAAGCAUUCAUCAUAUUAGGUUGUAUGACUUGGUAAAUGACUCAGAAAUGGCAGAGAAGUCUGAUCCGAAUCCAUCGACAAGUAUACAAAGUAGUACGAAUCCACAUCAAUGUGUCUUCGAUCAAAGACCAUCUUUCGAAAGCAAAUUUGAUACAGAAAAAAUGCGCCAAUUCGAAAUGGAGAUUGGAAAUUCAUUUUCUGCAUCUGGCUCUAAACCAUCUUCUUCUGAGGCUCUUACUCCUACUGUUACUCCUGCUGUCCUCUCUAAUGUGAAUUAUAAGGCACCGAUAUAUGAGAGAUCUUUCCAUGUUAAACUUUUCGGGGCAGACAAUGAAGAAGCGCCAGUCGUUCGUGCCUUUGAACAAAUAAAGGGAAUGCACCCCGAUAUCUUGAAAUCACUUUAUUCUAUGCACUUUACUAAACCCUCCAAUAUCCAAAGUCAAGCUAUUCCAUUGAUUCUGGCAGAGCCAUUCCGAAAUUUGAUUGCUCAAUCCCAGAGUGGUACAGGCAAAACUGCAGCAUUUGCUAUCGCUUCCUUAUUGCGCAUCGAUCCCAAUUUGAAUCAUACACAAGUUAUUUGUAUCACUCCUUCUCGGGAAUUAUCACGUCAAAUUCGAUAUGUAAUUUCUGAAAUCUCGCAAUUCACGAACCAUACGUCGACCUUACUCGUGAAGGACGUGUUCAAGAACAAAAAUGACCCGAAUUACCGUUCUCCUCAUAAGUUCUUAACAGAUCAUAUCGUUGUCGGUACACCUGGUAUUAUUCUUGACACUUUAAGAAGAAAAAAGGUCAUUGAUACUACGCAUAUCAAGCUAUUUAUUCUGGAUGAAGCAGAUAAUAUGCUUGAUCAAGAUGGCUUAGGUGAUCAAAGCAUCCGUAUUAAAAACUUAAUUAGUGGUGAUCCUCAGAUCCUGUUGUUUUCUGCUACAUUUCCAGAUCAUGUUUACCAAUUUGCUCAUCGCUUUGCACCUAAUCCUAACGAAAUCACCCUUCGAGUAGAAGAGCUUAGUGUAUCUGCCAUUAAACAAUUCUAUAUGGACUGUCAUGACGAAGAUCACAAAUACAGCGUACUUACCAGUCUUUAUGAUUUCCUUACACUCAGUCAAACUAUGAUCUUUUGUAAGCGUCGAGACACAGCGGAUGAGAUUACAUUGCGUAUGAAGAAUCUGGGACACUCUGUGGGCUGUAUUCAUGGUAGCAUGACGUCUGUUGAGCGUGAUGCGAUCAUUCAUGAUUUCCGCUGUAUGAAAUUUAAAGUAUUAAUUUCUACUAAUCUGGUCUCUCGUGGUAUUGAUAUUAGUCAGGUCAGUCUUGUUGUUAAUUAUGAUAUGCCUUUGAACAAGCAAGGACACCCAGAUGCCGAAGUCUACCUUCAUCGUAUUGGAAGAACAGGAAGGUUUGGUCGCACUGGUCUUAGCAUCGUAUUCGUUCACGAUCAAAAGACAUACGAUGAUGUCAAGUACCUUGAGCACCACUUCAAAGUUAAAAUCAGACGUAUUCCGACAGAGGACUGGUUAGUUGUUGAAAAGAUCUUUAAAGAAUACAUUUAAAAUGCAUUAUAAUAAUGUAUUGCGCGUCACAACGACUCAAAUAAUUAAAGCACUCAAAAAAAAAAAAAAAAAAAUUACUCGUUUUUCUUUUUCCUUUUCUUAUCAAAUUAAAUAAAUGGC